GACAGUUCAGUAAACGCAACAUGAACGGAGCAACACGGUGUGGUUAUUGAGUCCUACACAAACAUAAUAAUUGGCGAACGAGGAUGUCUGAACUCGUCUUACCACCACCGCCGCCUUUCCUACCUGUUCCUGGUGAUCCAGCUGUUCCCUGGGAUCGCUGGCUGACGUCGUUUGAGGAUUAUUUGCUGGCUUUGCGACACUCGGACCUGGCGGAGGCGAGGAAGUGCGCGCUCCUGCGCCAUUGUCACGGGCAGGAGUAUGAAGUUGGUGCUCGUCAGAGACACCUUCACCACAGCGUUGGUGAAGAACCUGAUUGUAGUUAUGGUCUGGCUCAUCCUGAGUUACAUCAACGGGAGCUUGGUUGCCACCUUUUUAAGACACCAGACAUUUUAUGAAGACCCUCGUUACAUCCUCUUCAUCCACAUGGUGAUCAAUGACGGCAUCCAGCUGACCAUCACAGUCAUACUGUUUGUCCUCAGCUACAUCUUCUACAAGAUUAACGUCUCUUUCUGCUGCUUCUUCAUCCUGGUGGCGGUCUUCACCACCAGAAACACGCCGGUCAACUUAGCUAGCAUGGCCCUUGAGCGCUAUAUUUCCAUUUGCGAGCCUUUACGGCACCCUCAAAUCUGCACAGUGCGAAGGACUUACAUUGUUAUCGGGUGGAUGUGGUUUAUAUGCGUGGCUCCGGAUAUCACAGAUCUAUUUCUUACGCUAGCAACGGAGUCCCUAAGCUUCUUUCAUGAGUCUGUGUUCUGCAUACGAGCGAAUGUGUUCAAAGACCCGAUCCUGGCAUUCAAAAGACAAGUUUUUGAUAUCAUCUACUUCUCCUGUGUGUUUUUGACUCUGGUCUUUACCUACUUGAGGGUCCUGUUUGCAGCCCGGGCCCUCUCCACGGACAAGAUAUCCGCCCAGAGAGCCAGGAACACCAUUCUGAUCCACGGGGUCCAGAUGGCCAUGUGCAUGCUCUCCUACAUCUCCCCUAGUGUGGAGAUCAUUCUGCAGCUAAUCUUCCCCAACCAAAUCUCAGAAAUCAGAUAUGCAAACUACCUAAUCGUCUACAUCCUGCCGAGGUUCCUGAGCCCAAUGAUCUAUGGUCUCAGAGACAAAAAGUUCAGGAAGUACCUCAAGAUGUACCUUGUAAGCAACAGGUGCAGGGUCAACCUGCAGACAGUGGCCCCCCUUAACAAAGAUGGCAUGUAACAGAUUACUAGCGCUGGGACGACAUGCGGUUACAUGGGCUGUAUUGAGUAUUUUUUUUGUCUUUAACAAAAACAAAAGUUUAAUAAUACACUUCUAGAGACAAUGUAUCAUGAGGUAUUUCUAAAACCCAAUUUUCUAAAAAAGAAUGCAUAUCACAUGUCAGACAGUCUGACAUUUGUAAACAUGUCUGUUUUGCAGGAAUAGAUAUGAUGUAGUCGCUGUCCGUAGUACCGUUUUAAACAGGAAAAUAAUUGAUUUUUAAAACGGUCACACCCCUACAGAUUACAUAAGGGGGGGUUAAAUAAAGAUAUUCAUUUUAUUUCUAAUGUUAUUGUGGAUUAUUGUAAAGAAAUAUAUAUCAUUAUGUACAGAGUCUAGGGGUGUCACGAUUCCGAUUUUAAAUCUGAAAUCGAUUUGAAGUGAGCCCCAGAAUUUUUUUUUCUCUCUCCACCCCUGCCUACUUGCGCACGUACAAUGAAAACAACAGACACAGUGUGGCUUACCGGCUAGUAGCAUGCAGCUAAAGACACCAGGGCAGCGUCUUGAAAGUG